GGUGGGAGUGGUGGAAAUACAGUGGAAAGGACAGAGUGUGCUUAUCCUAGCUAAAAAAAGUCUUCAGAGGUAAUGCAGCCCAGCUGGCAAAUACAAAACCGCAGUCCCGGAAACUGUCACAGGAAGAGACUAGGAAAGAGGUGGACUGGUGUUCUGGUUUGUGACUUGCACUGUGGACCUGACAGACAGUCACAAAGGUCCGUUUGCCUUCCUCCCUUCUCCUUGGGAGUCGCUGUAAGGGAGCAAAGGAGUGAAGCUGAAUUCUCCAGGACCCAGCCUUGUCCUUGGAACUACCAGAUGAAUCCUGCAGCUCAAAUCGAGGAAUCUGUUAAACCAAAGCCGCUAUUGUUGAAGUUGUUAAAGUUAGCUGGUGCAGAAAAGGACACUUUUACUAUGAAGGAGGUAAUAUUCUAUCUUGGACAAUAUAUUAUGUCUAAACAAUUAUAUGAUGAAAAACAGCAACAUAUUGUACACUGUGCAAAUGAUCUCCUGGGGGAUUUAUUUGGAGUAACAAGCUUUUCAGUAAAAGAACACAGGAGACUAUAUUCAAUGAUUUCCAGAAAUCUGAUAGCAAUCAAUCAACAAGAGUCUACGCUUGCUGACACACCUGAGGAGGAUGCCAGAUUUCAGCUUGAAGAAGAAAAUGUUCUUACGGAAUCUAUGCAAGAGAUAGAUGAGAAGCAGACUUCAUCAAACGUGACUUCCCGACCAACUACGUCUUCUAGGAGGAGAACACACAGUGAAUCUGAAGAAAAUUCUUCAGAUGACCUGCGUAGUGACAGAAGAAAACGACACAAGUCAGACAGCAUUUCGUUGACGUUUGAUGAAAGUCUCUCAUGGUGUGUAGUCAGUGGUCUGUGCCAUGAAAGAAGCAAUAGCAGUGAUUCAACAGAUUCUCUUUCCAUUCCUGAUCUUGAUGCCAGUUCAUUAAGCGAAAAUUCUGAUUGGUUUGACCACAGUUCUGUUUCAGACCAGUUCAGUGUAGAGUUUGAAGUUGAGUCUAUUUAUUCAGAAGAUUAUAGCCAUAAUGAAGAAGGACAGGAGCUCACAGAUGAAGAUGAUGAGGUAUAUCAGCUGACUAUUUACCAGGAUGAAGAUAGUGAUGCUGAUUCAUUUGAUGAAGAUCCAGAGAUUUCUCUAGCUGAUUAUUGGAAGUGUCCCGAAUGUAGCGAAAUGAAUCCUCCGCUUCCACGACAUUGCCACAGAUGCUGGGCCCUUCGUGAGGACUGGCUUCCAGAUGAAAAGAGUGAGAAAUUGGAAAAGAGCAAAUUAGAAAGUUCCUUCCCUCUAGAGUCUGAAGAAGGUUUUGAUGUUCCUGACUGCAAGAAAGUGAAAAUGACUGAAGAUAAAGAACCAGCUGUGGAGGAGAGUGAGGAUAAAGCAGUACAAAUUUCCGAGUCCCAGGAAAGUGAAGAUUAUUCCCAGCCAUCAACAUCGAGCAGCAUGUUCUGUAGCAGUCAGGAGGACUACAAGGAACCUGAGAAGAGAGAAGUGCAAGACAAAGUGGAAAGCACGGAAUCCAGCCUGCCCGUUAACAGCAUAGAGCCCUGUGUCAUAUGUCAGAGCAGACCUAAAAAUGGCUGCAUAGUACAUGGCAAAACGGGACACCUCAUGUCAUGUUUUACGUGUGCAAGAAAACUUAAGAAGAGGAACAAACCCUGUCCGGUGUGCAGGCAGCCCAUACAAAUGAUCGUACUAACUUAUUUUAGUUAGACGGAUGUUGACUGGAAAGCAGCAAAAGAAACUUCAUAAACUGGUUGAGAGAGUAAGAAACUUAUUUUUGUAUGCUUAUGGGAAAAUUAAUAUUUUGGUCUCUUUACAUUUGGUAUUAAAAGUAAUUGCUGAAAUAAGUGCACUGGAGUUGUUAAGAGGUUAGCCUAAUAUUCAUAAGUCAACUUGAAGAUUUUAAAUCCCUCUCAACAGAAUUAACCAAUUCCUGUAAACUACCUGCUUCCCCAAGUGUUUUAUGUUCCAUACAAGUUAGCGACAUUUGUGUUACUGGAUUAAAUAGACAUUAAAAACCCAAAUUCAAUGAUUAGGAGAGGAGGGACAUGUUGAGGAGUUUGCUUAUGUGAGUUCCUCCUCAUAAGAAGAUAGAACAUUCUCCAGACUCCAGUAUCUGUUGCCGGGUGAAGACACCAGGCUCAAUCAGAACGCUCUGAAUAAGUCAAUAAAAUAAAUAGAAUCUUGUCUCCCUCGUUCCCAAAACUUACAUUCCUCCAAGUAACCAAAUUACGGUGGAGAUCUUACCAGGAAGGGAGGAAAGAUGCGACAGAAAAUCAUUUAAGGUUUUGGAAAUAGAAAAGGUUAUUGUGGUUUUUUUUAUUUUUGUAGUGUGCAUUGUAAACUUCCGGGCUGUGUGUUUCCUGAGAAGUCACUGAUCCAUGUUCAGUCUUACAGUUAUCUCUUAAAACACCCUGAGAAACUGGCUUUUAAAAUGCUUUUUGGGUUUGGAGGUCUGUACUAUCCUGGUUAUUAUUUUAGCAGCACUAAGAGACUCAACGGGCAAGAUAAAUGAAGGAGAUGCUAUGUAAUGUCAGCUCAGGCAAUAUGAGGAGACAACUGUAUUCUUCUUCUGCACUUGUUUUUGACUUCAGCAGUAUAGCGUGCAGCUUGAUCACUACAUUUGCUUGAAUAAAAAUAGUAAGGGAAAAGUCCAUCUGCAGAAACAAAUAAGGCUGUGUAGUUCUAGUUCACGUAGACAUUCUUUAAAUUCAGUAGUCUUUCCAACUUGCACUGUAUUUUUAUCUGUAUCACAAGAAUUCUGAAAAUCUGUUGCAAGUUGUUUGGCGAACUCAAAAUGGGUCUUGCCAGACCUGUCCUUUACUGCUUUUAGCUCUUGUCUCCUCACUGUACUUUGUCAAAAACUUUGUGAAACUUGCCAGUUCCUUUAUUAAGGAGUCUAUGAACUGAUGCGGUUCUGUGCUGCGUUCAGAAUAGGUAGCAUGAGUAUAUUUUUGUAAGCUCAGGUAUCUUCAGGUUGUAGUUAGAUUACUCAGCUGUUUUCCAGAUGGAGAGUUUCUGUACCAGUGAAUUGUAUUUAUUCCUUUGGAAAACUAGAUUACAAGAGUCGUAUGUUUUUAGCACCUUUUAAUUUUACAGGUAGUUGCUGAUCAUCUGCCCAAUAGCGAAUGGCAGAUAAGUAGUCAGGGGAGUGCCAGGAAUGGACAUGCAUGGAGUAUAAAGUGUCUGUACACCAGGGCUGCGAACACCCAGACGACAAGGAAGUACGUAGGAAAAGGACAUAAAGCUGUAUGGAAGAGACUCAGCAAGCCCUUGGUUGUUACUUGCCUGCAAAGAAAUACCUUCAUAGGUAAAAACUGAACUACUGGAAUUGGUCAUGUUUUCCUCAUACAUUUGAGAUAAUUUUUGAAAAAUACAACUAAAAGAUAGCAGUAUCUCUGAAGUUUUACCAUAAUUAAUUUUAACUAAACCAAACGUAAACCCCAGCUGUAUAUGUUUCUUCAAAUUCUGACUUGCCAAUUGCUUCCCCCUUGCAAUUUGUAAAGUGACAGGGGGUAGCUGGAAGUUCUUGAAGUUCUUUGGUCAGCAGAAACCUUUCAUGGGGUUUGAUAACCCUUCAGCUGGAGAUAGAGAAGUCCUUUGGGCAGGUAUUUAAAUAUUUCAGGUAAGGAUGUUUCUAAUAGCAGUGUGAAUUGAGGUUGAUAGCCAUCUUCCUAUUUAUUUUUCUUAAUUUUUUACUUGAUAAACCUAAUUGCAGUGAAGCUUGCAGAGGCUCUUCCAUUGCACCUGCAGGUCAGAACCAAACAGCAGUCAUAUCACGGUCUGGAGUCUGCAGCUGAGAGAGAAUUGCAGACGUGUGCAUUCAGAAGCGUUGGUAACGUGGGGACUGUACUGAAAAAGCUUCGUCCGCUGACAUCGUCUCCGAUGCCUUACGCUUUUUCAGUGCAAUAGCUUCUCUACGGUCACUGUGACGGCUGUGUCACAGCAGUCCUGGGGGAGCAGCUGUUGGACAAAUUGUACCGUCCCACUCGUGGCAUUCUCUUCCACUCUAAUCCAUCCCCUUUGGCAAUCUCCAUAUUUUAAAAAAAGUAUUUCAGCUCUUGCAAAGACAUGUAUGGUCAGAGUGAUGAUCUGUGGUGUUCACACUCGCUCAGCUUUGGGAUUUUUCUUCAAAAACAAUUUCAUCUCCCAGUAACACUUUCUGUUUUGGCAAAAGAUAAAGCAAGAGCAUACUGCAUAAUGAAUUUUCCCUUCUAUGAUCUAAAAUCUUACUUCCCUAGCAUGUCUCUGUUGUGGAGAACAGCGCUGGAAAUACCCUCUGCUCCACACGGUGCUGAGGAAGUGGGUAAUUUUGAUUUCUGCAUCUAUGGCCAAACUACUGUCAGAGUGAAUCUUUGUUUUGAAUUACAUUUUCUGGCUUACCAUUAUUCUUCAUAACUUCUCAUAAAACUUUAAGGUUUGGUUUGUUUGUUUUUUUAUUUUCCCACCCCAAAGGACGCCUCCCAAAUAAGGGAGUGAUGAGGAUUGGUGUCUGUUCCAGUUCCUACAGGAGACGCUGGUGGGGAAGUGUGCGCCUGGGGUUUGGGGGGGGUCUGCCUCUGCGCCGUCACCCCGACCCGCGCUCGGUACUUGUGGGCGAGCGGUGGCCAGCCUGGCGUCUGCCAGCCCUGUCCUUCUGGCCUUGGGUAGCGGCACAAAAGUCGGCAGAAUUUUAGUACCGAAGUUGACAAUUGUUCUUACUUGGCGAGGUCUUUGAGAUCCUUAUUUAAUAUCGCACACAUUUUAAUCUUUAAUUUAUUGCAGUUUGUAAAUAUUCUUGUGCUUACGGUUAGCGUUCUGAGCUUUAAUUUAUUGAAUUAGUCUGUUGGUACGUGUGUAGAUAUGUAAACAUGCAUACCUAGUAAAUCACAGUCACAAGAAAAAUAUUUAAGAAACUGUAGCAUUAUGAAGAGAAGCGUUCAGAUUAUAUACAGAUUAAGAGAAGCAUAAGAUUUAUGGCUUUGUUUUCUUUUUUCCUUCCCUUAAAACAACCUCUGUGUUGAACCUGAACAACAUUUAUUAAACAGAGAUGGAGGCUGGUGCAACUUGAGCAGAGUGAAAAUGUUUUGAUGGUGUUUGUUUGCCUUUGGAAGGCUUUUUGUUCUCCGAGUGCAGCCAAGAAGCUGACUGACUGCUUUGUUGUGCUGGUGACAUCGGAGGCGAUGGUCUGGAAGAUGCGGUGAGGUGACCAGAGGUUUCGAGGUUAAUUUGCAGCGGGUGGUAAUUGCUUUUGCCUUUGAAUGUGUGACCAAGAAAGUUGAAGGGACGGCCAGAUGCUGACCAAAAUGUGACAGUACACAGUUCUCAGUAACUGUCCAAGUCCGUUCCUUCGUGCGCUUCAGGUAGACAAUAGUUUUAUGUAUGAAUGUUGCAAGAACUUGCAUUUAGUCUUUUUUGAAGUACAAUAAAGCCACUAUUUGAUGAAAUAAAACUUUUUCACUAUGUAGCUAUUUAUUAGGAUUGAAAUUCAACUCUUGGCCCAGGGAAGUGAAGUACUUACUUAAGGCAAAAUUGCUUUGUUUCAGUGUCUGACAUUUCUCAAAAAGGCUAGAAGUGUCAAAUAUUAAAAUACUUGAGAACCUUUAGUACUGAGUCUUCCCUUAAGAUUUAUUAGUUAUGAAGCCUGCUGCUUUUGUCCUUUAAAAAACUUGCACAGCUGAAGCAGACGUAGCUGCGUUCCUGAUUAUUUUGAACAUUCACGCUGCAAAAGAUGAUGCUUUUUUUGAGCAGCACCCCUUGAAUGUUGUUUUAGUGUUGCGUUCCUAACGAGCGCAUGGGAUGAAAUCUGGGCCAGGGGCAGUGGCUGCCAUGUCAGUUGGCAGGUUGAUUUAGAAAAGGGAAAAAAGUGCUACAAAAUUUUAAUUGAUGAAGAGCAUUGCGUUUAUUCUAACAGUGUGGUACAAUUUUUUAUCACCGAGUUCUGUUUGCUGUGAAUUUGUUUAAAUGUCACUGUCUCCAAAAUGUCUGUCUGUGUGGGUGUGAAGCCACAUGCCAGACUCAGGCAGAUUUUUCCCCUUAAAGACUAAUAUGAGAGAAAAACAAUUCCUCGUUCUUACAGAGAGCAUCAGCAAGAAUAAUUGUUUCAGAAAAUUGUGUUCUUAUAAAACAGAGAUGAGAAAAUUACUAGAAGCAUAAUGAAACUGAAUAAAUGAGUAAUGUAGGACUAAUAGAGGGGUGAAGAACUGUUCUUCUCCACCUUAACCUAAAGCUGCUGUUGUGUUAGGGUGUAACUAGGAGGUAGAGUUUAUCACCUUAAAGCAGUUAAUUUAUUCCACAUGUUAACUUGCCACAUGUACUGUGGGGCAGCAGUCUUCCCAGGAAGAUGGGACAUUUUGUUGUGCAACACUCGGCCUAAAAAGGGACAUUUGCUGUGGGAAAGAGCGUUGAAGGUGUGCAGGUGUAGGGGUUUGUACCUCUUCUGAGCUCUCUUGGUCGCUCCCAGUGCCGGCAGGUGGGUGCAGGCUUCCAGUGUCUGUAGGGUCACCCGUGUACUUAAUAAAGCGCGUUACGUAGCACGUUUGUACUCUUAAUGCACGGCUCCGGCAUUAUUGUAUGUCCAGCGCUUGGCUCUCCCAGCUGGCGGGUGUCUGUUCCAGGAGCAUUGCCUACUAAGGGCACUUCCCCAGCUCGUCCAUCCCUGAGUCAGUCUUAGCUUGAGUUAGUUGUUGUUUAAAGGUUGUGCAAGCAGUAUAAAACAAAACAAAAACCCCCACCCUGAAACCUGGGCUUAUGGUAUCUUUUAACAAUGGAUUGCACUUAGUGAAUGUGAAAAAUUGUUGCUUUUAACUAAUGUGUGCUUUUUUUUUUUUAAUUUAGCACAGAUGCACUGAAAGCUUCAAGUGAAUGCCUUGCUAUAGUGUGUGUAUAUCUAUUCUACAUGUAAAAAUUUGUUGGUGAUACUCCACCUUUUGAGUAGACAUUGCUUUAACUCAAGAGCCUGAUUUUAAAGGACAGUUCUUGGUUUUGAGCUAAUUUAAUGGCCAUCAACAUGACCGUACCAAAUAGCUUUUCCAAAAGCAGAGUCUCACAUUGUUGUCUGACUACAUGUAGCUGGAUUGACCAUUAAAUGGACUAGAUUAUAGUGAAUUUAAAUAACUAUGCAAUCUUGCCACUACUAGCUGAACACGCUUUCAAGAACGUGUCAUGGUGCAUCCCUUCCCGGUACCCAGAGCACGUACUACCACAGUCAGCGACCAUUCAACUACAGCCCUCCACUUAAAUUGCACAGAGCAUAGAUCCAUUUCUGAGAAGAAUUUUCAUGUGUAUUGUGUUUGUCUUUCAGUUUUUAGUUUUUCCUUUUCUGAGGAAACUAAAUACUAUGUUGCAUUUAAAAGCUUUAAAUAAAGAUUUGUUUAUAUA